GACCACGAGAGCAGGAAGUGGAGGGGGAAAAGAAAAAGAAGCCAGUUCUUCAUUCAGAGGAACUCUCAACUGUUGAAGUUUUCUUGAUAGGGACGGAUAGAAACCAGGAUCAUCCAGCCGUCUGUGUUUCUUGACUGAGACAACUCAAGCUGGAGAAGAGAAGGUGGAAGAUGGUGGAAGCAAGGCCCAGAUGGACCCCUCGAUGGCCGGAUUGGCGGCUGUCUGUUUGCGUGCUGCUUUUCUGUAUGUUUGGGACGGUGGUGGGCCGCAGGGCUCCCAAAACCCCUCGAUGUCCAGCCACCUGCUCCUGUACUAAAGACAGUGCCUUCUGCGUGGACACCAAAGCCAUUCCCAAGAGUUUCCCGCCAGGAAUCAUCUCCCUGACUAUGGUGAACGCUGCUUUCACAGAGAUUCCUGAAGGAGCUUUUUCCCACAUGCACCUACUGCAGUUCCUGCUGUUGAACUCCAACACAUUCUCGCUGAUUUCUGUUGAUGCUUUUGCCGGUCUUGGACAUCUGCAGUACCUAUUUAUUGAGAACAACGACAUCCAAACCCUGUCAAAGCACACAUUCAGAGGACUGAAGUCUCUGACACAUCUGUCUCUGUCCAACAACAACCUGCAGGUUCUUCCCAGAGAUCUCUUCAAACACCUGGACAUCCUCACUGACCUAGACCUGCGAGGGAACUCGUUCCGUUGUGACUGUAAGAUCAAAUGGCUGGUUGACUGGAUGGAGAAGACCAACACCUCAGUUCCCGCCAUAUACUGCGCCAGUCCUUUUGAGUUCCAGGGUCGACGCAUCCAUGACCUUACACCACGUGACUUCAACUGCAUUAGCGCAGAUUUUGCGGUAUAUGAGACAUACUCGUUCCAGUCCCUGUCUGUGGAGUCAUACGAGUUUAACGAUGACCAGUACGUAGUUUUCGCUCAGCCCAACACUGGAAUCUGCACUGUGUUCAUUUGGGAUCAUGUGAACAUGCUUUUCAAGACACAUUACAACAUCACAUCUCGUUCUGCUGUGUAUUGUAAACCUGUGGUUAUCAACAACACUCUCUACAUGGUUGUGGCUCAGCUCUUUGGAGGAUCCCACAUCUACAAAUGGGAGGAAGGUCCAUUGCGUUUCGUCAAAAUCCAGGACAUCGACACCACCCGUGUCCGUAAACCCAACUUCAUCGAGACUUUCCAGAUCGAAGGAGACUGGUAUUUUGCAGUAGUUGACGGCUCUAAAGCCGGAUCCACCAGUCUGUACCGCUGGAACAGUAACGGCUUUUACUCACACCAGUCCCUCCAUCCCUGGCACAGAGACAAUCACAUCGACUUCCUAGAGGUGGACGGCAAACCUCGCCUCAUACUCUCUAGCGCCUCGCAGCCCCCUGUGGUGUAUCAGUGGAACCACAGCCAACGCCAGUUUGCCUACCACUCUCAGAUCACCGAUUCAGGCGACGUGCAGAUGGUGAAGCACUUCUGGGUUCGAAAAGUGCUGUAUCUCUGCCUCACACGCUUCAUAGGAGACUCGAAGAUCCUGCGCUGGGACAACCAGCGCUUCGUAGAGAUUCAAACCCUGCCGUCACGGGGCUCAAUGGCCGUGCAUCCAUUCAGCGUCGGAGUGAGGCAGUACCUUCUGCUGGGCAGCGAUUAUUCCUUCUCUCGGAUCUACCUGUGGGAUGAGCUCACUCAAAGAUUCCAGCCCUUCCAGGAACUCAACAUGCUCGCGCCUCGAGGCUUCAGCCUGGUCUCUGUUGACAAUAAGGAUAUUCUGUUAGCGGCCAGUUUUAAAGGAAAGACCAUGGCCUACCAGCAUCUAGUUGUGGAUCUCAGUGCCAAAUAGGCAGCUGGAAAGGUUUUGUAUAAGUGCGUAAAUGCCAAAAAGUGCAAAACUUCCACACUUUUCUACAUCUGCAUUCACACAUGAAUUGAUCCUAUCAUUGCUAAAUACUCAUACAUUAGUUACUGUGUCUGUAAGCCAUCAUCAACUCAAUAA